AUGCAGACCAUUCGGGACCUGCAAGAGGGAAGGCCUCUGGGUAAUGUAGCCUGGGCCCAGGACUCCCCAGUCCUCUCUCCUGCGUGUAUACUCCCCGUCACUUUCUCAGACAAGCCCAGGAGUGGGGGAGACAAGGAGGGCCGUGAGGAGCGGGCACCAAUGAAGAAAGACAAAGGCCCUCACUUCACCAAGUCAGACCUGAGCCUGCUGCAGCUCAUCAAAGCCGGGAAGGAGGGCAUCUUCUACAAGGCCAGGAUGACACGGGGAACCUGCAAGGGCCAUGAGAUGUUCACCUGCAAGAUCGCCAAAGAGAGUGUGACCCCUAAAACCAUCCACUUGUAUUUCUGUACGUAGUGACAGUCUGUAUUCUGUGUCAUGUGUGUGUGUUUCAUUGCAGAGUCCUAUGUGUUGAUAAUGGAGUUUGUGAGCUCUGGCACCCUGCGUAGCUUCCUAAAGAACAACAAAGACAAGCUGACCCCUGACCCUGAGCUGCAGAGCCUGUUCACCAUCGCCUCCAUUCACAUCGCUCUAGCCAUGGAACCCCUGAGAUCCAAAAUGGUGGUGCACUGUGACCUGGCCCUCAGAAACAUCAUGGUGAACAGAUUUCCCUGGGAGGUCAAAGUGGCAGAGUUUGGUCUGGCCAGGGACCUGACCCGAGUGAGGAGCUACCGCAGCAGCCGAAGGAGAAACCCACGGGAGCGCGUGCCCCUUCGCUGGUAUCCGCCUGAGUACUUCAGAAACAACUACUACAGCUUUAAGGGGGAUGUGUGGUCGUAUGGCAUCGUGCUGUGGGAAAUGCAGAUGUUUGGUGAGUUUUUGGUUAUUAAGGAUGGGGAGAAAUCUCUGAUGAGAUUGACCUAUACUGGAAGGAAAACUGAAGGAAAAAGGAAGGAUUACGUGGACGUGGCGAACCCCAGGCUUCUGACAUCAGGGGAGGUGGGCAUGAAUGAUUCAGAAAGCCUCAACCAGUUCUGA